AUGGAUCUCUUCUCCAGCGGCACAACACAGUAUGCAGUGUUUUUCGUUACAGCAGCAAAGACAGAUCUGAACUUGCUGCUUGAGUGCCUCAAGUAUCAGAUGAACUGUCCAGAUUCACAGAAGCAAGCCUUGCUCGCCAUCUACUCCAUCUGUCAAGAGAAAGGCGAGAUUAUAGACUAUUUCCGGGAGGUGGGUGGAGUGCUGUUUGUUUACAACCUCUCCAAGUCCAGCAAGCACAUGGAAGUGAAGAAGGCAGCCCUCUUUACUCUGGGAGGCCUGGCUGAGUGCAACGUGUUUUGCCAGCAGGUUUUGUGCAGUGUGGAUUUUUUCACCUACAUGGUGCAUGUGCUGGCGGAAGAUUCUCCCCUCACUCUGAAAAGGGUGGCCGUGUACAUGGUGUCAGUGCUUGUCUCCAAUAACAAAUCCGGUCAGGUGCACGCAAAAACCACGGGCUGCAUUGACAUCCUGCUGCAUUUAUUCAGGACAAGUUUUCCUGUCUCGGAUGAUGACGUGGGGCCAGCCAACAUCUCUGAGCUCUGGCAGCUCUGGACGUCUGUGUCGAGCGCCCUGUGCGGCUGUGUGAACAACCCGCAGAACGAAGAGAACCAGUGGCUAUGCAUGUCCAUCUUCCCUGUGGCUACAACGUGGCUGGAGAAAUUUGUACUGCCGAGAACAGAGAUUGUGCAGCCAAUCUGUUCCUUAAUAGGAAUGACCGUUGCUAAUAACCCCUCUGCCCAGGAGCGGUUUUCCUCGACGGGGGGGCUGCGGACGCUGACGCAGUCUCUGGUGAGGCUGGCCUCCGAGUCCGCCAGGAGCCCCCUGGCCCGCGACCUGGCGGUCCUGAUGACCAAGACCCUGUGCGUCUGCAUCACUGACAACGAUCCCCUGGCCUCGGGGCUAGCCCAAUACCAUCUGGUGCCCCGGCUCCUGACCCUGCUCUCCUGCCCCACCCUGGACCCCGGAGACCGGCUGUGCAUCGUUCUCGCUCUGGGCCACUGCACAGAGUCCUGCGAGGAGCAUCAGGUCCAGCUGCUGCAGGCCGGUGGCCUCUCACACAUGAUCCAGCUGCUGGCCGAGUCCCAGGACGACGAGCUGAAGAAGGCCGCCACCUUCGUGCUCCAGACCUGCAAACAGAUGAGUGAGCAGACUAAGGCCUUGGGUGUGGGCGGAGCCGGCGGCCCUCUCCAGGUUGACCCCGGCGACCCCGUGCAGCAGGGCGGGCCUCCCUGUGAUGUGCAGAGUUACUGGAGGUCGGCAUGGGAAAUGCAGAGGAGGAUCAUGCAGCUGGAGAAUCCGCAGGCUGAGCAGGACACCUUCAGGGGCCGCAGCAGAGCGCCUUCAGGGGCCGCAGCAGAGCGCCUUCAGGGGCCACAGCAGGGCAAGUUCAGGAGCCGCAGAGUUCAGGGGCCGCAGCAGGGCACCUUCAGGGGCCGCAGCAGGACACCUUCAGGGGCCGCAGAGUUCAGGGGCCGCAGCAGGGCACCUUCAGGGGCCGCAGCAGGGCACCUUCAGGGGCCGCAGCAGGGCGAGUUUAGGGGCCGCAGCAGGGCAAGUUUAGGGGACGCAGCAGGGUGCCUUCAGGGGCCGCAGCAGGGUGCCUUCAGGGGCCACAGCAGGGUGAGUUUAGGGGACGCAGCAGGGCGAGUUCAGGGGCCACAGCAGGGCGAGUUCAGGGGCCGCAGCGGGCCCUCGCAGGGAGGUGUGACUGAGGGGGAGAGGGACAGGGCGAAUUCCACAGAUGAGCCUCCCGGCCCGGAGCGAAGUGGCGCGACGGGGGGCAGCGGGGAGGAGAUGCCCCCGCCGCCUGCCCAAAUCUGGGAGGGGACUCCGGUGCGGAGAGUCAGAGGCCCGGGGCAGAAGAGGGGAACGGCCCGCGACGUGCACAAAGGCUCGAUUGAGAGGGCAGAGCUGACCCCGGCCCGUCCCGCCCCGCGAUCUCACAGGCGCGACGAGCGAGGGGAGGGCGUCGGCUGCCGGGUCGGGGCCUCCGCGGGGUCCGUUAGGAGGCAGAUUUUCCCGGCUGGCAUCAGGAGAGAGGUGCCACAGCCUCCGGCCCGCGCCAGCGGAGAAGGGAAGAGAGGGAUGGCAGGAGCCGUGCAGGAGCUGCAUCACGGCAGGCGCAGUGCCUCCUCUCAGCCACAAGGUGGAGCUUCCCAGCUGGGGGAGCCCGCGGCACAGGGGGGCACAGUCUGUUCCUUGUGCUGCGGGACGUCUGUCAGCUCUUCCCAGCCGGCCGCAGGGGGCACCAGGGAGCCCGACGGGACACGCAGACCCCCAACUGCACCCCCGGAGAGCCGAGUUAUAUUCCAACGUCCAGACCCAGUGGAGAGAAGAAGUGAAAGCCGGAACAGGCCAGCUUCUAAAGAUCAUAUGUCCCUGUGUUCAGAGAUCCUGCAGAAUGAAAUCAGCAGGAUCCUGAAAACGCCAGCCACCGUGAAUAAACAAACCUCCUUUCGCUGCUCAGGCUGCACGGCGGGCCCGUCUCUGGCCAACAGCAGGAAUUUCACCCAGAUCCUGCGCUCCUGCCAGCACAAGUGUGACAGACAUACGGUCCUGCUGGAAGCGGAGGAUCGAUUCAAACGGGGGGCCGGGCGGCCAAUGGGAGCGCGGCGUGGCGGCUGGGAGCGCUGCAGACACAAGAACACAUACCACAGUGAGGAGGCCACUGCCAAGCAGGGGCAGGAAGAGGAGUCUGAGGAGGACCGGCGCUCCCCUGGCGCCUUAGAGAAGAGGGAGCAGGGACGCAGACAGAGAAAGAACUUCACUCCGGAAGAAGUCCGGUAUCUGCUAGAAGGAGUGAGAAAACUAGGCCCCUGCUGGAAUUCCAUACUGUGGUCGUACCCCUUCCAGGCAGGCCGCACCAACGUGGACUUGGCAAAGAAAUACAGCCGCUUGCAGGCAAGAAAAGGGGGGAAAACGGCCAGCGAAGAGGGUGGAAAGAUCCCUACGUGA